CACCAGCACGAUGUUCCUGCUCCUCUGCUGCUGUGGAACUUCCAUCAGGAUGUUGAUGUGCUUUCUGCUGCUCCUGCCUCUGGUCUCCGCCGUCCCCUCCCCCCCCAGACCACCCUCAAAGUUCUGCCGGCGAUGCUGUGACCACUCCGGACCAACUGGGCCUCCCAGCCAGUUCCAGAUGCCAGAAGUACGCACCAUCAUCAACAUGACCAUCCUCAAAGGUGAUAAAGGGGACAGAGGGAUUCGAGGCACUCCAGGGAAACCAGGUCUUGAGGGACCUGCUGGACAGAGAGGGCCCUUCGGCCCAAAGGGAUCUAAAGGCCAGGCCGGGGCACCUGGGGAUGCCUGCAAGAACCCCCAGUCCUCCUUCUCUGUUGGCCGGCGCAAGUCGCUCCACAGCGUGGAUUACUACCAAGCGCUGGUGUUCGACACGGUGUUUGUCAACCUGUACGAGCACUUCAACAUGUUCAAGGGGAAGUUCUACUGCUACAUCCCCGGGAUCUACUUCUUUAACGUCAACAUCCACACCUGGAACUUCAAGGAGACCUACUUGCACUUGAUGCACAACGACAAGGAGCAGGUGAUCCUGUACGCGCAGCCCAGCGAGCGAUCCAUCAUGCAGAGUCAGAGCGCCAUGUUCAACCUGGCUCUCAACGACGAGGUGUGGGUUCGGCUCUACAAGCGCGAGCGGGAGAACGCCGUCUACAGCGACGACGUGGACGUUUACAUCACCUUUAACGGAUACCUGGUGGCGCCGGCUUCUCAGUGUAACUCGGUCGGACAAAGUGACGAACCCUGUGUCUGACCCACAGAGGCUGUUGAACAGAACUGAACCGAGACUCUCCGUGUAACCACUUUCCAGGCGACGGCAUGCGAGAAUUUUCCACAUCCACUGUGCUAAUUUUGGUGCUAGCAUUUUCACGGGCAACAGAUCUCGAUGGUUUCCUGGAAUAAGUCAAGAUGUCUUAUGAUCUUGCCAGUCUUUUUUUCGUCAUCUAAAAAUAUGUAAAUAUUCCAACACUGGCAAAUACAACGGAAAAAAAAAAAAAAAACUUUUUGGGGCAUAUUUCUUGUAGUAGAUAUUUUGGUACGUUGCCUACCUGUCCUCACACAGCCGGUGUUCAUACAUGUGGCGUGUUGUGUCUCUUGAAAUAUGGAAUUCCAUUUUUCAUUUUAACUAGACUGUGAAAUAAAUUG